GCUGUUUGCUGUGAGGUUGCUGAUAAGAGUGUCAACAACGAUCGCUGCUUGAGAAGGAGAAAGGACUAACACUAAAGCUAAAAGCACUACUUGAAAGUUGAAAGUUGUUGAACUGUGGGGUUGCUAGACGAAAGGCGAUUCCUCAGACGAUGGCGACCACUACAAACGGCAACGGAAAUCUCGUCGACGAGUUUGAAGAAGCAUUUCAGUCAUGUUUGAGUGUUUUGACGAAGGAACAGGCUCUAGCGGCGAUGGAAAAUGAUGAAAUCCGCGUUGAGGUUGAUCAUUCUGUUCUGAGAUUUAUCGAUCUGGCUCGUCAAAUGGAAGCUUUCUUCCUUCAGAAACGCUUUCUUUUAUCUGCCCUCAAGCCCGAGUUGAUAGUCAAAGAGGACAUAAGCGAUUUAAAAAAUGAGCUUAUACGGAAGGAGGAGCUGCUAAAGAGGCACCAUGAGAAAAUUGCAAUCUGGCAGAAUCUCCUGUCGGAUCUACAAGGUUGGGCAAAGACACACCCACAGGGCCCGGCCACCCCUUCGGGCAUGAAUGGAGUCCCGCCGAGCGGUACGCCGCCACAGGCAGCCAUGAUGCAACAGCAGAUACAACAACAACAGCAACAGCAGAUACAGCAACAGAUGCAAAUGCAACAACAGAUGCAGCAACAAAUGCAACAGCAACAGGUUAAUGCUGGCAUGGGACCAGGCAUGGCUCCAGGUAUGAUGAUGGGCCCUGGAGUUGGAAUGCUCCACGGCCCCCUUGCAUACCUUGAGAAGACAACUUCUAACAUAGGAGUCGGAGAAGGGAGAAGGUGACGCGGGAGGGGGAGGGGGAGGGGGCGUGGCCGCGGCAGAGCUCGCGGUCAUUACGCCAACACCCCUUAACCCUCCGAACCUAGCAUGAGUAGAGCCCGAAACUCUUGUUUUGGUUGAGUUAUCUGGGGUCAUCAUCACAUUUUCGUUCCUCCACUCUUGAUUCAGUAUUUUUCACUUCAGGUUUUCUAUCCACCUUUCAACUGGUUCAACUGUGGUCUGUCCUGUUUUCAAAAAGGAUAUAACUUUUCAACUUCAUUUUGGGACUUAUUGUUUGCCAUAGACUUGGUCUUAAAGGGACGGAUUUAAAGGUGGCUUGAGAUAAAUUGUUUGAAUUAAAAUGAAUUUUUGUUUUGUUUAAUAACAUUUCUCUCUAUUGCUUUGCCCAGUUCUGAUGUAAUGACUUUUUAAGUUUAAAACAUAUUUUUAUAAUCAACAUAAAAGGCUUUUAUUUUUUUACAAAUGUCAUAACGUUAGUUUUUCUAUUGAUGUAUGUAAAAAGUAUUACAUUCAAGAUACAAAUACUUCAUUAGUUUCUGGGCAAAAGCAUAAAGAAAGGAAGACAUUUUGUUCUCAGUUUCGGUAAAUCAAAGAAAAAACUGUAUAGGAAAACAGAAAAUGAAAGUUUUGUAUAAGGCAGUUUUGUGUGUAAAAACAUCCCUAAUAAUGUAAUAAAUAAGAAAAGUCAAAAGCUCGCUAAAGAAUGACAUGCCAUAAAAAUACGCUAUAUAAAAAACAAAGUAUACUUUUUGAAAGGCACCUAAAAUAAAAGGGUAUUAUUAAUGGACAGUAGUACAAAAACUUUAUUACAGCACUAAAUCACACUUAGUAAAAAAUCACAACUUAUUACCACGGGAUGUCAGCUCUGUUGUGUAGCUUUUAACAGUCAAUUUUGUUUUAAAAGUUUUAAAAAAAUUAUCACAAAUUUUGCUUUUGCUCUAAUUUUAAUUGUUUACAAAUAAAGAUGAGGGAUAUACAGAAAAUUAAGAAUGUAACACUAAGAAAGUAGUUUUAAAUGGGAAAUAUGUUUCCUCCAUAGCUGUAAGCUAUUUAUGAACCAAAUUCACCC